CCCUACCGAAACUCUACCUACCUCUACCUACCUCACCCUCACAACGAGCCACCACACAACCUCAACGUCUCCCGUUGGCGUUUCCUUCCUCACCUCCUUACCUACCUAGAGGUACAUUUUCCCUUUCGUCCCCUCCCAACGACACGGCAAACAACGAGGAUCCGCACUCAACAUUACCUCUACCUACAUUGUACAGUAGUACCAAGUCUAGAGACUCGACACUCAGCUGCCUGCUUUCUGUCCCCAAAACGACAUCAAGGAGGGUCUACCAUCGACUUACCCCACACGACAAACGACGUCUUUCUUUAAUCUCGAGAUACCCUGGCGCAUUACGCGAGCCCUUGCGAUUCCAAUCCCCCACCCCUCGUCGUGUCGACUAUCACCCGAAAUCUCACAGCGUAUGAUGGCCGCUGAGGUAGCAAAGGACCGAUCUGAUGAUGCAACACACGUAACUUCCGAGGCCGAGCCUACGAUCAAGAUCGAUGCUCCGGACGCGCAGAAUGCUCCACUCGACCAGUCGCAAUUAACAGGCGAAAGUGCCACCCCCCCUGCUGCUACGGAAGAGAUCGAGAAUAAGCACAUCUCCGACAUCGCGAAUGAAGUGGUAACCUCGGCCGAGGUCAGUGUUAGCGGAGGAUCCGAUAACGAAGCCACCAAGAGCAAGGACGACAAGCCCCGCAGUUCGUCGACCGUUAAGAAGCCCAUUGCCUUCAAGGCCAUCAAUGUCAACCAAAAAUUUCUCACCACAAAGGCCACUACGCCGGCCGCCCCGGCCAAGGUCGCCGAGAAGCCUGCAGCGACAACGACUCUCAGCUCUACACCUGGAAGUCUGACCCCGCGGCCCAGGCUCAUUGCAAAGACGGGAAGCGGGUCAGUCAAGUCGGCCACCGGCGCUAAUGGCAAAACGGGCAGUGCGCCAGAUCCAAAUGCCGUGUGGAAUAAGAACAGACCUGUCCCACCUCCCGAGCCGAAAAAGUAUACCGACGAGGAAUUAAAGAAAUAUGGAAUUCACAUGGCGAGCCGUCUCCAACCCGAAGACACCACCAAGGGUCAGGCGAAUUGGGCCGAUAUUGACGAUGACGACGAAGAUUGGGCACCGGAAACAAUCACAUGGAAGGAUGGCACUAAGAUUGCUAUCCCACAUACCGAAGAGCAACCCCCGGCACCCCCCACGCCAGCGCCAGCGCCAGCGCCCGAACCGGAACCCGUUCCAAAACCUGUCGAAGCCAUCAAGGAAAGUGUGGCUGCGGAGAAACCGAAAUCACCUGCCCCAGGCCACGCAUCAUCACCUGCCCCAGGCCAUGCGUCUGUCAUUAAGCCUGGGGUUCUGGGGUCUGGAAAAGGUCUUAUACUCAAGGGUGCCCCCGAGAAGCCUACCCUCGUCGCAAAGCCCCCGCCCCCGCCAGCGCCCGUCAAAUCACCCUGGGCACCGAUACCAAAGGUGGAGAAAGUUUCUCCCAUGGUUGUUGAACCGCCGCCGCCGCCGCCGAAUCACCAUGCACCGAGGUAUCCCCCGAGAGAUGGGCCGCAAUAUACUGGUUUUCCUCCUGCGGGGCCGAAGGAAAUCGCCGCAGAUGAUUUCAGCAGAGGACCGUGGAGAGACGGGCCAGGUGGAAACAGAGAGCUAUAUAAUUCACAUUCUGGACGCUACGAACCUGUUCAGGACCGCCGCGGAUCGAUGCGCCCAGAGCCGCAGUACCGUGACGGCAGACAGCCUUCUGUCUUGCAACGCCCUGCCCACAACGAUCACCACCACGGCCCAGCCGAACCCUCUGCCGCUUUCCAAACACACAGGACUAGCGAUCAACAUGUACCCUACGGCCACGGCCGUAGACGCGGCUCGUCCAACGUUAGUGGCGUUAGCAGCGGCUUCUUGAACCGUACCAAGGGCUUUGAACAGCCAUUACAACCACCCGAAAUUCUCAACGCCAGGCGCGAAUCUAUGACGGCCGGUAGUGACGGUCCUGGGUCGCCGAGGAACUUUUCGCCUUCUGGCUUGCAGCACGGGCCCCGUCACCCCCACCCUCACCCUCACCCGCACCCUCACCCUCACCCGCACCACCAGGGUUGGCCUCCACGGGUUUCUCCAGCCGUGAGUCACGCAGUACCGGCACCGCAUCAUCAUCACGGUCCCGAUAUGGUUGGGGUGCCCCCAGUUGGGAUGCCUCCAGUUGGCCCGCCGCCACCUGUUCAGGAACAAGUGCCGUUGGUUACGGAUCAAGAGAUUGAGCUGCAGAAGAGGUUGAUGCGUGAGAAGGUAGAGGCGGCUCGGAAACGGCGCAUGGAAGAAGAAGAGCGCGAGAAGGCAGCUCGCGAGGAGCGUAUCCGGCUCAAAUUGCAGGCGCUAGGUCCUGCCCCCGAAUCCAACAGUGCCAAGAAGGCUGCAGCGAAGGAGCAACCUGCUUCUACUAUUACGGAAGGUGCCGCCCAGACAGGUACGGCGACUGACGAGAAGGCCGAGGUGAAAACGCCGCCUACCACUCAACCGGAAAAAGCUGAACAGCCACCAAACGGUGUGCCUCCACAAAUCCUACCGGACUCUGAGCCCCUCGAAAGCCGCCAGCCUCUUUGGUCUAAGCAACAACAGCAAGGGCGGUACACGGCUACUACUUGGGGUUCGCAGACAUCCAAGAACGUCUGGGGUCCUCCUACCAACAACCGUACUCUAGGAAACGGUACCUUUAACCCCGACCUAGGCACAUCCCCUCCCCCGGUUUCGAACAAGCCCGGGCCAGGCCCAAUUGCACCCCCAAGCCGCACUACCGCCACUAUGGCCACCAAGACUAAUCUGUUCCCCGACGGUGCUCCCGCUCGGCUGCCGCCCAUUGCCCCUCCCAAUCACUCCAAUGCGUCCACCGGUACCGGUACUUUAUCUGCAGGUGAACGACAGGCCAAGGCAAAUCAAUGGGUCAGUGCUGCGCGCCUCAACGACGAGGCUUUCGAGACUAUGCUCAAGGAUCGAUUUGCUGAGCAAGAUCGUCGCCGGGCUGAAAAGGGGCUCACGGCUGAAGACAUCCAGCCUGUGGUCAAGGAUGUCUGGCGUCCAACCAAGCUUGACGAGAACGGUAUGAGGAUCGAGGCUGGUCCCCGACAGACCGUCCGGGUUGGCAAGGAGAACCCGUGGGCUGCCUCUCAGCCUUCUCAGCAGACACAACCCCCGGCCGCGAAUACAUCUAUGCUCGGUAAUGGCGGCGCAGCACCACGAACCUCAUCCAGGUUCUUUCCUAGUCGCCAGCAGACCAUCGCUGCUGCGGAAUACCAACGCCCUCAUUCCCCUUCGCCUCCUCCCCCCGAUACGGAGACGACGGGACAUCCGGCAUUCGACGGCGAUGUCAAGCACCCCCACGUCUGCAUUCCUACGCCCAGGCCCCAAGUUCGCCUACCACCCCCCUCUCAGGCGAGAGAGGAACCAAAGGUACAACAUCCAGAGGCUCCCAAGCCGCCAGGUCCGUCCUUCUCGUGGGCUAACACGGUUGCGUACAAGGGCGAGGAGCGUUCACCAGCACCCAACCCGGGUAGUCCCUGGCAAGCUCGGAUCGACAAUCUGCUCGGAGCUCGUAAGCCUUCCCAGACACAGCAGAAGCCAGCUGCGGGAGUGGACUCGACGAGCCGCGCUGCCUAUGAGCACCCAGAGACGUCUGUUACGGUGUCGCUUACCGCCGCUAUGAUCGCCGAAGCAUCUCCUACAACGAAGGACAUGGAUGAGGACUGCUUUGAGGAACAGGAGAUGGGUUCCUUGCCUACUGUCCGGAUUCCUACUGAGCUUCCGGAGAUGGCCUGGUCGCCUACAUCCGCACCGCCACCCAAGCCUCUCCAUCGCAAGUUCUUCCCCCUGACGACCAGCGCCGAGCCCAUCCGUAUUGACACCAGCUCAAACGGAAUCGGCAGCGUCAUUCGCAUUGCAUUUCCCGGGACUGACCGGCACCCGCCCUUCGUCACCGCGGUGACUAUUCCUUUCAGCAGGACUCGCAGCAACCCUCGUCGUGGCGGCGGCACAUCACGCGGCGGUCGCCAUCCCGCGGCACCUCACAACCAGCGCGGCAUGCCUGGAGGUCGUGGCAGUAGUAGAGACGCUGCUUCACCCAAUGACCAAGGACCCACCGGCCCUCCUACCGGACCUAACGGGUCGCACCAGCAGAGUAGGGGCCGAGGUGGUGGCUACAGGGGUAGGGAUAGUGCCUGGUCGAGGAGUGCGCCAACCGCUAUUCAGACUUCCUAGAACGGGGUCCGGUUGCUUACGAGGCAGAAAUCGCGAGAGCCAACAGUCGAUUCCUGGGUUGAGAAUCAUGAGGCCGGCUCGGAUACCUGUCUGAAGGAGAAGAAACCAUAACAUCCGGAAACUGGCGAGGCAGUUGUCUGUUUCUCUGGCUUGUCCGAGCGGCAAGAAACCGAAGGCCAACAAAGUGAGAACGGUUACGUUGUAAGCACAUAUUUUAUUUCGGUCUGGAAGUUGGUCGGCAUGGUAUGUACCCAACUGUACUUGACUUGCGUUCAAGAUCGGUUACAGAUCGAAUUUUGUGUUAUGGAAUCAGCCAAAGCAUGUGAGGAGCCAAGGCUUCUAUGAGGAAGUAGUCAACAUGGGAGUUACAAACAAAGUGGCAGAGGAGAAGCAAGCACGGCUUGAACGCAGGUGGAACAAGCUACAAUAGCUAAACAGGGUGACAGUAACACGGGAGAGGCAUAAGGGGAAGGGAGGCUCAGUAUCUAGGCUUCACUGCAGUCAGCGAGCGGGCUCCAAAAAGCGACUUCCACCACUUCACUCCCUACCAAGCAUAAGGGAAAGCGGCAAGAAGCGCAAAGGGUUAAUACAAUCACACGAUACGAAUGGAACGACAAAAAAAUGUCACAAUUCACACAGGACUGUUGUUUGUUUGUGAACGAACUGAGAUGGGGAAAGACAAAUCUUUUCAUCUUUUUGUCGUGUAUUGAUGGGGGAUUACCUAGAUCCACAUGGAAGCUAGCUUAGUGCAUGCAUGUACACUAUGCAAAAUCGCGUGUGCGAACAAGUAAAAUGAAAGCAAACAAUGAGAUAUAUCUUGGUCCG